AUGGGGGUCUGCGAUAUCAUGAGAGACAACAAUGAUGAUCGACCUGGGGGAUUCGUACUUGUCAUUGACGGUGCUGGACUGGACCGCUUCCUGAUGACGGUCGCGACUCACAAGUCUCUUCUUCUCCGUCUUGAUACCCGAUACGAGUGCGUCAUCUGUUGCUGCGUUUCCUCACUGCAGAAGGUGCUCGUGGUAAAGGCGGUCAAGGAUAGUCUUAUCGCAAACGAUGUUGGCAUGAUCCAGGCUGCGGACGUUGGCGUUGGCUUCGGCAUUGGCGUUGAAGAGCGUCUGCAAGCUGUCAACUCGUCAGACUAUGCUAUUGCACAGGUGUGA